CAUUGCAGUACUCCAGCUCGGCCCCUUCGGUUGCUAUUGCCCACACAAUCCAGUGAGGGGAACAGAAAGGAAGCCAUAAUAUGCUCAGUCAUACAAAAGGGUCUGCAGCAAUAUCUGACCAUUGAAAGGAAAAGCGGCCACAGACAGAGGCAGCAGAGUAGGACAGGACAAGAGAGUCCGCUUGCUGCUGAGCUCAGGAUAAAGGGAAAAAAGAAAAUCAAAAAUAGCAACCUUCCAAACUGCAGCCAUCAUCAUGACACAACUCUAUGUAGGGAAUCUCUCCGAGGAAGGAGACGAGAAGAGCAUUAGGAGUCUCUUUGGUAAAUAUGGGACAGUGAGGGAAGUGCUCAUGAAGAACGGAUAUGCUUUUGUGGAGAUGGAGAGCCCUUUGCAAGCAGAGCAUGUCAUGAGAGUGCUAAACGGAACUGAUAUUCUAGGCCACCCAAUGAUUGUGGAGCCUUCUCACCAGCAAAGAUUGAGCAGUCGCCGAUCACAGCUUGGAGUUGUCGAAGUGACAAAUAUUCCAACUCACAUGACACUAGAGGCUAUAGAAAACUACUUUAAUCAGACAGUCGGUCAAGUAAUAAAGCUAGAAAUUGAAGAUAACCAGCCCGCCGAUUUUGGUGCAAAACGAGUUCUAGUCAGUUUUGAGUCGAUGGAAAUAGCACAGAGAGCAGCAGCAAUGUAUUCAGGCGAAGAUACAAUCCUAAAGUGUACUGUACUGGGAGAAUAUUACAGACCAGACUCAGCAGGUGGAUUGAAGAAUGGGCGAAGAUCCAUACCAGCCUCUCCUACAAAAGGAAACAAUGAGUUCCCAUUAAGGAUCCUUGUGCCUUCAGAGAUGGUUGGAGCCAUUAUUGGUAAAGAUGGUGCUACCAUACGACACAUUACCCAGCUCACCAAAGCCAGAGUGGACGUUCACAGAAGGGAAAAUCUGGGAUCCAUGGAGAAGGCCAUAACGAUAAUAGGCGGCCCUGAGUCCUGCACAGAGGCGUGUUACCAGAUAAUGAGGAUCAUGCAGAAUGAGCUCCUUACGACUAAUGGCAGUAUCUUUGAAAAUGGUAAACAUCAUUUUGAGCCUCUACCUGUUGUUCCUUUGAAAGUACUUGCACACAAUGAGCUAGUUGGACGUGUCAUAGGCAAAGGAGGUAACACAUUGAAGCGAAUAAUGGCUGAAUCUGGUACCAAGAUCACUAUAUCAAAACUAAAAGAUUUAACAGCCUACAAUAUGGAGAGGACAAUCACUAUAUUGGGGACUAUCGAUAAUUGCAAGAAGGCUGAAUCAUUGAUCAGUGCUAAACUGAGAGCCUCCUAUGAAAGUGACAUGAGCCAAUUCAUGCUAUCAAUUGAUAAUUCUCCAACCAGCUCACCUCCUCAAUCUUCCUUCUCUGCCGAAACCUUUACCAAAUCUUCCGUCAUUCAUCCCCAGUCUCUCCCGACCACACCCACUGCUAUCAGGACCUUUCAAGACUACAGUCAAGAGCACACUCGUCUUACAACCCUCCAUGGAUCAACCGGUGCACUGGAGGUCAACGGGCUAGGAGGAUUCUAUCCACCGCCACCAUCUUCCCAUCAACCUCAGCCACAGACACAGAAACCUCACUAUUCUUUGAGUGGUGGACCUCCUGUUCAAUACGGCAUUGACCCGAUGAUUAACGGAACAGGCCACGCCUCCAACUCGUACUCCAAGAACUAUCUCUACAGCGGUAGUGACAUGAGCCAUCCAACCCCUCCCCUUUCUGCCGGUUACCAAGGCGAGGAUGACGAUCUCACUGAUGUAUUCCACGGUCUUUCUCUCAAAGACCCCCCUGGGAUCGGAUACCGCCGUACUUCAAGUAUGAUGUCAUCAAUGGGCGUCGCUGCUAGGCGAAGUAGUGCUCCAACUCAAUCGGGCGGUCCGAUGGUAAACUGGCCAAGCAGCAUCAGUGAGGAAGAACCGUUUGUUCCUCCAAUCGGAGGAGGAGGGCCUACGUCAUCUAAACUAUUUGGAAUGUGGUCUUCUAAUCCGGUUCAACCCCCAACAAGUGCUCAGUCGUCUCAAGGGGGCGGAGCUCCAGGCUCCAUCUGGUCCCCGACGUUUGGUUCCCGCCCGGAGAGCGAACUUAGUAAUUAUCAAGACUCCGAUAGCUCCAACAACGGGUUCUCUCCUAUCUACUCCCCCGUUACGACAAAUGGGAUAUUUGAUUCCAACCUUCUCAGUAAUGGCAGGACUGGCGGACUAUCCAUUCACGCUAUCACUAGUUCAGCUGGUACACACAACAGCAUAAUGAGCAAGGGGACCCUUACCCCAGCCUACCAGCCUCACGAUGAAGGGGAGAGCUACAUUGACUCAUUGAUAAAGGAUUCUGUCAACACGGUCACUACUUCCAAUACAAUCAGUGCUGGUACUGGUUGGUAAAGAAACAAAGUCACAUUAUACUCCACCAACUCCACCAUUCAACACCAUUCAAUGCGUCACCACCUCAUAUUAAUCAAAACCUCGCUAUAUACAACUCUUCCCCCCUCUCUCUCUACGUUAAAACAGGUUCUACGUACUGGUCCAACUUGAAUCAGUAUCGACAACUACCCGUUCCUCUCUCUUCUCUUAAUCUCUCUCUCUCUCUAGUGCGUGUAUGUGUGUGUGUUACAUAUAGUCUUUCAUCUGGUUUAUAUGCAUUAGUCUUCUCUUAUGGCUCUAUUAUUAUUAUUAUUAUUAUUAUUAUUAUUAUUAUUAUUAUUAUUAUUAUUAUUAUUAUUAUUAUUAUUUUGUACUAUUUUUCACUCUGUCUCUCUGUUCCUCCUCUAACUGCAUUGCUAUAAAAUCAUUUAACUCCUUCUGCAUAACCCUCUGUCCAAUCUCUCUGCACCACCUCUCAUUAUUAUUAUUAUUAUUAUUAUUCAUUACAGUCAGAUAGCAGUCUUCAGUUUUGUCAUUAUUAUUAUCGUUUGUGUGUCUUUGUUCAUUUCUGUAGUCAACUAGAUCUCAUUAUUCAGUAUCUUUCAUACUUUGCUCUCUCCACUUCUCCUAUAGUCAAUCUGUCAUUGUUUUAUAUUAUUAUUAUUAUUAUUAUUAUUAUUAUUAGCUAAGCUUUUGUUUUUGUAUAUCUCCUGUCCUUGUCCCUCCCUCCCGCCCUUUUCCUGCUGACCAUCAAAACAGCUGUCAAGCUAUAGCUAUUGUCAUUCGUUUGUUUGUUAGUUACGUCGUUACUCCUCCCCCUCACAUCACCUACAUAUCUACCAUAUCAUCACUUCGUUCAAGUCAAACCCUCGUCUUACAAACAUUUUUAACACUUUUCGUUUGUUGGUUUUUACAUACUACAGGUACGACAAGAAACCACAGAAAAUACUUGACCAUACAGUCCCCCCCUUAAGUACAAUCUCACUUUCUCUCUCUCUCUCCUUCUCGUUUUGUCCAUAUUAUUAUUAUAAUUAUUAUAUUAGAAGUGAUUUUGCUGUGACUCAUUUAAUCAGGUAUUGUAUCAAUUAAAGAGUGUAUCAUUCAUAAAGACAAUUUCCUUUUGAUUUUUCUUUGCUAUAUCAUUUAUUAUUAAUUCAUAGCUGAGCUGUGUUCACUAGCUGCUUAUAUUAUCAACAAAAUUUAGAACGGUUUUCUCUCUCCUCUUUCUUUUCUUUCACUUAUUAAUUUUUGUGACAUUUAUUUCAAAAUGUUACAGAUUUUUUUGGUAUAUAAAAA